AUGUCUACCUUCCCAACCCCGUCCAGUGAUCCUCCCAAGAAGGAAAUGCAGUAUUUCCCCGAUAUGACUGCGGCCUUGCCGUCCGAGUCUGGAGAGUUUCGCCGUGUUCUUUGGACAGGCUUGUACUCCCAGCUAGUCCUGAUGACUGUACCUGUCGAUGGUGAUAUUGGCGAAGAGGUUCAUACCGUCGAUCAAAUCCUUACCUUCACAUCGGGCAAGGGUCUCGCGCAGGUUGCCGGCACGGAGCAAGAAGUCAAGGCCGGCGAUAUGGUAAUUGUACCGGCAGGAACCAAGCAUCAAUUCUUGAACAAGGGGCCGACACCAUUAAUCUUGUACACGGUUUACUCACCAGCUGAGCACAAGUCAACAACGGUUCAUAAAACCAAGGAACAGGGCGACAAGGAAGAGGAGGAUGGUAUCGAUGUAGCCCCAGAAUGGAGUCGACGUAGCAAGGAGCAGAAUGAGAAAGAGGGCUGGGUGAAGGGGGAGUAG